UUGGCUUCCUAUUCCCUGGGAAGCCAAACUAGGAAGCCAAGCGGGAGGGGAGAGGGAAUACUGACAAGUCCACAAGACGACAACAAAAAGAGGGAACGAGACAUUUAGACGUCGUCUGACAGAAGACUCUGAACCAUGCUACCUCGUCCGCACUUCCCACCUUCCUGGCUAUCUAGCCACUCACUAGCUAGCUAGUCUGUGUGUGUGUGUGUGUGUGUGUGUGUGUGUUUGCUUCGCUGUGCGUGCGUGUGUGUUUGUGUGUGCGCACGCUGCAUUAGGAAAGAUGGGAUUUGGUCGGGAUUUGCGGAAUUCCCAUGAAGGUCUGCUGAAACUCCAGGACUGGGAACUAAAGCUGCUGGAGACGGUGAAGCGCUUCAUGACCAUGAGGGUGAAGAGUGACAGAGAGUACUCAGCUCUGCUGCACAACAUGACCGAAAAGCUGGAUUCUGGACCACAGGUGGACUACAUCAGCACUGUUAGCAAGUCAUGGGCUCAUCUGAUUGGUCAGACCGAGGAGCUGAGCCGGGUCAUGCGGAGUCACGCCGAUGAGGUCAACUCUGGUCCACUGCACCGCCUGGCUACACUCAUCCGUGACAAACAACAAGUGAAGAAGAGCUACCAAAGUCUUCAUCAGCAGAUCCACAGUGAUCACAACAAGGUAACCAAGACCGACCUGGACAAGCUCAAAGUGACAUACCGUCAGGUAUCGAGAGAAGCGCAAAAUGCCAAAGAGAAGUAUAGGGAAGCUAUUGCUAAAGGUAAAGAGGCGGAGCGUGCCAGGGAGCGCUACGACAAAGCCACGGCAAAGCUCCACAACUUGCACAACCAGUACGUGUUAGCAGUGCGGGGUGCGCAGCUCCAUCAGGAACACCACCAGUGCCAUGCCGUGCCACGCCUGCUGGACUCCCUGCAGCGCAUGCAGGAGGACAUGACUGCCGCCCUGAAAAGCAUCCUGGAGGAGUACAGCGAGAUCACCAGCCUGCUGACCGAUGACAUUGUAAAGGUGCACAAAGAGAUUCAUGCCGCCAUCCAGCAGAUCGACCCACUCGCCGAGUACCAGCACUUCAUCGAAGUCUACAGGACCCCAGAAACACCAGAGGAGCCCACUGUGGAGUUUGAUUCCACACUAUUGGAGGACACAGAGAACCUGCCAGCCAAUGAGAUCCUCUGGAACAACCUGACUGCUGACAGCUUGCAGGCCAUGUUGUCUUUGGCGACGGAGGAGCUCAGCUUGACACAGCAGAGCCUUAGGAGUAAGGAGGCGCUAGUGGAGGAACUGGAGGCCAAAAUUCUAGACUCUACCAAAACCUCAGAGAAAAAAUCCGACUUGGUGCUCCUCCUUAGCCAGAAGCAGUCAUUGGAGGAGCUCCGUCAAGCUGUCCAGUUGCUGCAUCUCUCCGAGUCUAAGCUUAUAUCCCAGAAGAAUUUGCUGGACACCAAGAUGGCUGCCGCCCCACCACCAGCACUCACUUACGAGGACGAUGCCCGCUCUGUUGGCUCUGUAGAGAAGGCCAGAGAGAGAAUCUCCAAGUUCGACACCCUCCGCCACUCGCUUGCUGGGAUGAUUCGUUCGCCCAAAUCCAUGCUGGGUUCAUCCACCUCGCAGUUCUUCGAGGUAAUCCCCACUACAGAGCGCCCUUUGGCGGAGCAGGACUGGUACCACGGUGCUAUCCCACGUACCGAGGCCCAGGAGCUCCUUCGCCAGCAGGGUGACUUCCUGGUGCGGGAGAGCCAUGGUAAACCAGGCGAGUAUGUCCUUUCAGUGUUCGCCGACAGCCAGAGGCGCCACUUCAUCAUCCAGUUCGCCGAUAGCCAGUAUCGUUUUGAGGGCACUGGUUUCCCGACCAUCCCCCAACUGAUCGAUCAUCAUUUCUCCACCAAGCAGGUGAUCACCAAAAAGUCCGGGGUCAUCCUCCAACAACCCGUUGUCAAGGAUAAGAAGUGGAUUCUCAAUCACGAGGACGUGGUCCUGGGAGAACUACUGGGCAAGGGGAACUUUGGUGAGGUUUACAAGGGGACUUUGCAGCGAGACCGGAUCCCGGUUGCAGUUAAGACCUGCAAGGAGGAUUUGCCACAGGAACUGAAAAUCAAGUUCCUGUCUGAGGCCAGGAUCCUGAAGCAGUACGACCACCCGAACAUUGUUAAACUAAUUGGUGUAUGUACGCAGAGGCAGCCAAUCUACAUCGUCAUGGAACUCGUGCCUGGUGGGGACUUCCUGUCUUUCCUAAGGAAGAGGAAGGAAGAGCUGAAAACCAAACAGCUGGUCAAGUUUGCCGUGGAUGCCGCCUCCGGCAUGGCAUACCUAGAGACCAAGAACUGUAUUCACAGAGACCUAGCGGCGAGGAACUGUUUGGUGGGCGAGAACAGCGUGUUGAAGAUCAGUGACUUUGGGAUGAGUCGUCAGGAGGACGAUGGCGUUUAUUCAUCAUCCGGCCUCAAACAAAUUCCCAUCAAGUGGACGGCGCCAGAGGCCCUUAACUACGGCCGGUACAGCUCAGAGAGUGACGUGUGGAGCUAUGGCAUCUUGCUGUGGGAGACUUUUAGCCUGGGUGUGUGUCCUUACCCUGGCAUGACCAAUCAGCAGGCCCGAGAGCAGGUGGAGAAAGGCUACAGAAUGGCAUGCCCGCAGCGUUGCCCGGAGGAGGUGUACAAGGUCAUGCAGCGUUGCUGGCAGUACAACCCUGAUGAGCGGCCCAAGUUUGCCGAGCUGCAGAGGGACCUGUCGGCCAUCAAGAAGAAAUAGCGAUUGGGGCAGCUAGCCGGCUAGCUGGCGGAGCUAGGAGAUUCCGAAGGACAUUGGCCCCAAGGAGCUAGAACGGAUAACUUGUACUGGUGGGAUGACCUAGCGGGGUUCCCUAACACACUGGCUAAUGAGUAGGCUUACAAACUGGCUAAUGGAACUGUCUAAUGGACUGGCUGAAGCACUAGCUUACAGGACGGUCGUGAUGCUGCCCUCUUGUGGUGAAAGCAAAGGAAAAAAGAAAAUGAAAGAAACAAAGAAAACAAUUAGGUUUCAUGCUCAUGUUUGUGGUUUUGUGAUUUGUAGCCGUUUAAUAAACAAAC